AAACACAAAAUCACUAUCAGUCCCUUUCUUUGUCCAAACAGUCUUGUCUUGUCUUGCUCGUGGUUAUUUAGUUAACUGUAAAACAUGACGUCAAAUUAACUAAUUACUUUAAUUACUUACUCACAGGAGUUCUAAAGUUUCUUAGUUAUUUGUUUGAAAAAAUUGUGAUAAAAUGUACAAAUAUAUUGGAUUUUGUGUAUUGGGUGUUGGUAUUCUUUUAAUACCUAUAUUAGCUGUAUCACUUAGCUUAAAUGGAUCAAAGCAGAAUGCAUUUAAAUUGCUAAUAGACCACGAUGGCGGCGCCGACGACGCCAUGGCCAUCUUUAUGGCGCUGCUCCAUGAGCAAUAUCGGAAUGGGCCAGAAAUUGUCGGCCUCUCAACAACCCAUGGAAAUGUGAUAGAGGAUCAAGUAUUUCACAACACUCAAAGAAUACUCAACAUAGCACAGAGGAGAGAGGUACCAAUAUACCGUGGCACCAACUCCUCACUAGUGACCACGCCCCCCGGGAGCCCCUACUACGGCCUCGACGGGCUCGGGGACACGGACUACCGCGCCUCAUUCGAGCCCAUAGCGCCGCAGGUCACGCACGCAGUGUUGGCCAUCAUUGAGCUGUCCAAGAAGUAUGAAGGACAUCUGAUCCUGGUGAUGCUGGGCACAGCCACUAACUUGGCGCUGGCGAUGCGCAUAGAUCCCCUGGUUAUUGGACGAUUUGCCCAAAUCUAUGUUGGUGCAGGACAUAUAAAAGAUGCAAAUCACCCGAACCCAGAGUUCAACGCCUUCAUGGACGUGGAGGGUUACCGCGCCGUGGUCCAGGGUUCCUCUCCCGACCGGGUCACGCUCGUGCCCUUCUCACAGACCAACUCCUCGCUCAAUAUCAGCAGAGACUGGCGGCUGAAUAUCCUCGGCACCAUAGACACGGAUUCGGUCCGUGCCCUGAACGCGUUCGAGAACUACACCAUGAUGCAAGACGCCAUGUGGGACCAGCUGGAUCCGGCUGUGAUGGCGGUCGUGUUGGACGAGGCCGUGGUGACGGAGAUGAAGUACUCGAACAAUAGUAUUAUACUCUGUGGUGAAGAAAGGGGAGUGAAUACCAACAUCCUAGGAGCUAAAGAAUCAUCUAACGUACGAAUUUUGUACUCAAUGGACGAAGACAAGUUUAAACAAUUGUUAGUCGACAUAUUUUCAUCUGAACUGAAAUAAACAAUCAAAAUAUUUUACAUUUA